AUGGGGAAAUACAAAGCCAUGAAAAAGACUAAGGCCAUAGAACAACCUAACGGUGCGACGGCCUUUGAGGGAUUCUUCCAGAACAUUAAAUACUCCCAAUUUCCACCGCAACCGCCUUUUUCCUCUACUAUCAGGUUACAUGACGUCCAUGAGGAUGCCGGGCACUCCUUGGUGCAUUUCCUGUACACUGGAGGCUAUCAAACUAUCAAGUCGCCGCUUAAUAAAGGCAUAUCCGACGUCGCAAGAGAGUAUAGGAAGAGCGUCUUCGUAUACGAGGCAUCUAGGAAGUACGGGAUUAUUGAUCUGGAGAACCUCGCUCAUCAAUACACUCAACGUUUCCGCGACCAGGUAUCCUUGUCUGAAAUACUUUUGGAAACUAGGGAUAUAUUUUCAAGACACCCUGAAGAUGAAACUUGGUUUCAAACUUUCAUCAGAGGAGAGCUACAGCGGUUUCUAGGACCUUCCGGAAUAGCACGUAGUCUAGACGAGCUUUCCAAAGGUCUUGGUCGAGAUGAUCGGUUUGAUAAUAUUGUAUUAAAGAUAGUGGUUGAGAUUCUCUCUGUUCGCUUGCGCUCAAUGUUUAAAGACGGAGAGACUCCCUCUACAGAAAUGGCAUACAAGGAUGCGAUGCAUGCUGAGGAAACUGUAUACGAAGACGAGCCCCCUGUUGAAGAAGUGGUACACGAAGACGAGCCCCCUGUUGAAGAAGUGGUACAUAAAGAAGAGCCCCCUGUUGAAGAAGUGGUACAUGAAGAACAGCCCCCUGUUGAAGCUGUCCAGGCUUCCAUACUUAAGGCUUCACCGGCGGACUUGGCUUUUUACCAAGAUUGGGGGAGUCUAAACCCUUCGCAGAAGAGAAAAAAAGUUAAAAAACUAAGGGCAAGAGGUCUUCCAACCCCAAACGAGGACGGGUCCAUUCCAGUCUUCGUGACCUGAGGAAAUUUGGAAUAUGUGGAAUUAUCUUGUGUUUUUCUAGUAAUUCAAUCUUGCAAUGCAAUUGUGUUCCGUUAAGUUUGUCAGCUUAAGCCGCAGAGAGCGAAAGAUAAGAUAAUCGAUUGAUAGAAUACGAAGCAUAGCUACCUUUCAAACAGGUCGCGCCCAGGUAACAUCUUCCAACACAAGUGGAUUGAAUUAAUCCCACCAACGUGAAAUCUUCUCCCAUUUUCCCAUGCACACGAAUUUUCUUGUUGUCCUUGGCACCUCGAUCGUAUGCAUUCAAAUACUGUUUUCUCCUGCCUCGAUGACUGGCUAUAGCACGAAAUGCAACGAGUUGCAGGAUAAACUGGAAGCUAAAGGGAUCGCUGUUGAAUCGUUGAUCGGUGGCAGAGUUGACCCUACUCGGAGAUUACCAUUGAAGGCCUGCCCUCGACUCUCCAGCAUUAUCCUGCACAUAAUUUCUCGAACUAUUACCUCGGAAAGGACAUGAUAUUGCGAAUCAUAGAGUGCGGUAUAUAUUGUACCGCGAGCCACUCGGAAUUUUGGCUAAUGGAGACUUGAACCCCUAGAUGCUCUCGCAUGGCACUGGUGGAUAUGAACAUUACACCGUCGUCUUUCCAGACAGGUAGCUGAACAACACUGUCAGAGAACUCAAUGUCCAAGUAAGUUGGUGAGAAUGAUGAAGUCUCGAUUUCGGCCAUGAAGAC